CCUUUCACCUCUCCUGGGCAUGGUCCAACUGUUCUGUCCUCUCCAGAUAUCGAACGUUGAAACAUGGCAAGCAGCAGUUGUGAAGAGAAGCUUCACUUUAUGCAAUGCUGUACAUGCCUGAAUCAGUUCACACAGGACAGAGCGCCACAGCUUCUCCCCUGUCUUCACGCCAUUUGCUCACAGUGCCUGGAUAAGGCGGUGAAAGGAAUAACCUGCCCACAGUGCCCAGAUUCACUGCCAACUGUUCCAGCGUCCGUUCAGCUGGACUUGGUGCGAUGGAAUGAGCUGGUGCUUUCAAACAUCAAGGAGAAGAAUCCUGCUGCCUUGCUGUGCUCCAACAAAGCAGACGGUGAACCAGCCACACAUUACUGCCAGGAAUGCGUCUGUCUCCUGUGCAGCAAUUGCUUUGAUGUCCACCAGCAGUUGGCAAUGACGAAGAAACACAGUACUUGUUUGUUGAACAGUAUUGCCAAAAGUGAUUUUGCGAAGACACUCACGUGCCCCGAUCAUCCUGACACUUUGUUGCGCUAUAGCAUUGAAAAGAAGAGUAUGGCGUGUCAUCAAUGCACGAUAAUUGACAAUGAAUGCAUGGAAGGUGCAGACGCAGGUGUAAAGGGAUCCAAAAGCGAGGAAGCAUUGGUUAAAUCAUUGGUUGCCCUCAAGUCUAACUUAACAAAUGUAGAAGACUCUUUGACUGCAUUGGAAAGUCAAAACCAAAGUAUUGAAGAAUCAAAAACAGUUUUGACAAAACAGGUACACUCGUGCUUCGAUUCCCUUCAAGAGCAUAUUGAAUCCAGACGGAACAGACUGCUGAGUAAGAUCACAAACGAAUUCGAAAGUAUGACAUCAUACAAUUCCGAUCGCUCUGCCCGGUUAGACUCUGUUUCUAGAAGGUGGAGAACCACAGUGGAUUACUGUGAACGAGUUCUGACCUUCAGUCUGCAGUCUCACGUGACUGGAUCCCGAGACGUGAUCACCAGAAAGCUGGAGAGUGAACUCAAAGUGGCUCCUGCCGAUAUCAAGACGCGCUCCUGUGACGACAUAUUCGUGGACCUUUCUCCAGAGGUUCUGCACUAUGUGGAGACGAAAAUACACAGCAUUGGAAGCAUUUUCCCGAAGUUCAAACACAUCGUUUGCAUUUUUACCAAAGCGCCAAGGGUAGGAAGCUACGAGACAUUCGCGACACUGCGUUUUGAAACGCAAACACAACGUGCAGAAUCAGACGAUGGCUCAAGGAACGUCCGAUCGCAAUCCAUGUCUAGCAAUAACGUGCAUGCAUCGGGAGGGUCAAACACGCUACAGUAUGCAGGUGAAGCCUCCUUGGUGUCCAUUGCUGAUAUCACUGCGAAUGUGUCAGGAGAGACGAACAAGUUGCAGUGCUGCCACGUUCAUAAAAUAUCUGGGUGUGAGGAAGUAACGUAUGGAAUUACGGCACGAGUCUUGCUGUCAGGGAAGCACACGUUGACUGCGGAAGUAAAGUGUUUAGGAUUUGCUGAAUCCGUGCAUCUGCAAGCCAGCUAUGCAGCUACAUCAGAAGAUGGAGAAUUAUUGCUGUGUAGACUGAUGACAGCUCAAUUGCCGAAGAAAACUAGGAUCAAACAACUUUCUUGGACUUUUGACAAGGAAACCAUCAACACAAAGUUCGUUUGUUUGCAUGAAGAUGGAACUCUGACGAACAAACUGCCAGGAUAUUGGACAAAGCUGACACGUCCCAAAUCUGCAAGUCUAUCAGAUAAAUCUGCUCGAAGCUUCAACAACUUCACUGGAGCUGUGACCAGCAGACGACUUCCCCACUCUGGGAUAGUCUACUGGGAGGUGGAGUCCUCCUGGACGAAGAUGGAUGAGGAUGUGGACUCGGUUGGCGCCAUACAGCUUGCCAUAGUUGAUCCCAAUCAAGUGAACAGUAGCGUCGAGCUGCUUGGGAAGGCCAGUUGGGGUCUCUCUCUAUACCACUCCAAAAUGCAUGAUGGCAUGUGCUUUGUUCCUUCCAGUGCCAAAGCCGGAAACAUCAAAGAACUGCACGAUGCACUGACCUGUAGACUGGCAUUCCUCCUGAACAUGGAUCUCAGGAAGAUGUACAUCCUAGACGUGAAGACAGACAAAGUGGUCGCCUUCUUUGACGAGAUUGACACCAUCAUUCCGCUCUGUUUUGCGGCUGGGCUCUACAAUGGUUGUGCGAUUGAGUCAUCAGUUAGGAUCAUCAGUGGUUGGAAUCUGCAUCCGAAGAUGUCAACAAUGAAGCUGGUUUUAAAGCUAUUGGACAAAAUGUCAAUGAAUUAGGCCCAAUCCACUUAAAAAUAUCUCUUUCAAAACUGCGGAGUUGGUUGUAGCUCGGUGAAAGGAGGGCCAUCUGCAUUGCCGCAGACUGAACAAAAUGUCAAUGACUUAGGCUUAAUCCACGUAAAAAAUAUCUCUUUUAAAACUUUGGAGUAUAUGGUGGCUCUCAUAGGAUGGUCACCUGCUAUGUUGAAGACUGUAGCACUGAUCGCCCUGAUAUGAAUGUUUCCCCUACCAACUGAUGAUGACAUUCAUCGAUGUUCUAGGUCACAAUUUUACAUUUGUAUUUAUAUAAUGUAUUAAGUAAUAAACAUCCAUAAUUCAAUUCAGUGAAAAGUGUAAAUAGUGUCCUGCAUACAACUACAUUUGUAUUUGAUAAAAUUAAAAGUCUGUAGUAACGACACCACUAAAGCACAUUGGUUUAUUAAUCACUGGCUGUCAAAACAUUUGGUAAUUCUGACGUAGUUUUAGA